AGGAAAAUGGCGGUUCUCGCGAGAGCGCGGCCGCGGCGGCUGCCCGUAGCUAUAGCAGCGGGAGGAGGGCGGCCGGCGGCGGGCAUGUGGUGCUGUUAGGUGGGGACCGCCUGUCCCGGAGUGCCGCUCGUCGCUCUUCAGUGGUUCUCGGAGGAGAGGUGCCGUACGUUCUCCUCUCGGAGAUACGCGGGGUUUGCUGCCUCCUCCCCCCUCGUCCCGUCCCCUCAGGGGUACCGCGGAGCUGCGGGGAGCAGUCCCACAGCGGGGGGUGACGGGUCCCCUGGGAAAUCGGCACCCCGAGAGCGCCCUAAAACGAAACGGGUCCUGACCGGCGGCUGUCUGCUCUUACAGCCUGAGCUCACGGGGAAGUUCUCGGCUGGAAGGCGCUGCUGAGCUCCGGUGCCGCGGUCACUGCAACGCAGCCCGAGGAAGGCAAAGCUGAAAUUUGAUGGAAUGAGAAUCGGCUACUUUAUAUGGCACAGCAACGUUGUUUGUUGGGAUGGAUGUCCAGAAACAAGGCUUUCCCUGGUGAGCAAGUGGCUGAGGAUUUAUUCAUCAACUUUGCUAUCUUUCUGGCACGGCUGGGCAUUCCGAUUGCAAAAGGAGGAUCAGGAGGAGGAACUUCUAAAGAUCGCACUCAGAAUUAGAGAACUGUAUCAGGCUCCUCGCUACUCUAAAGCUCGUCGCUCUCAAGUUCUGGAGUUGCUGUGAGGAUAAUGUCUCUUUCAUCACCCAAGACAGAAGUAACUGAAUGGGGGCUACAAAGACUUUGUUAUGGUUUUGGUUUCAGUGCUCUCUUACUAAUUGGAUUUUUCCCAUCUUCUGUGGGAGGAUUAUAAAAGAAUUAGAAAAAGUGCUUUUUGGGGGGAGGGUGGAGGGGGGUGGGAGGUAGCUGUUGUUUUUCUCCUCUUGAUUCAGGGACCUCUUUAAUCUGCCAUUUGUUCCUUGAAGUUACUACCCACUUGGAAAAGAGAGAAACAGCAUAACAGAUGAACUUGAAAGACAAUGGAAUCCUUCCCUCUGCAAACUUUGUACAUGGCUUCUUGUAAAAGAGGGUUUAGUAUACAUAAGCAUCAAAUGAAGAAUAGCAUCCUGGGCUGGAUUUAAAAGAAACAAACUGCUUCUGUGCUGAAGAAAAGAUAAAUUCCAUUUAAACCAUAAAUUAUAGAAUAUUGGAUGUUGUUCCAGUUCUGAAUUUUGGUGAAAGAAAGGGAAGAUCUUAUCAAGUAAAACACUGUACCAGCCAAAACCUACAUGUUCUACAGCUAAAACUGGAAGAUGUCUUGGAAGAGAAGUUACUUUUCUGUGGGUCGGGGGAAUGUCCAGGGGAUGUUUACUCCACGAAAUACAACCUCAAUAGCACCCAGUAAAGGUCUGAGCAAUGAACCGGGACAGAACAGUUGCUUCCUGAAUAGCGCACUACAGGUUCUCUGGCACCUGGACAUUUUUCGCCGCAGUUUCCGACAAAUCACGACGCACAAGUGUAUGGGUGAUUCUUGCAUCUUCUGUGCUCUCAAGGGUAUCUUCAACCAGUUUCAAUGUAGCAGUGAGAAGGUACUGCCUUCUGAUGCCCUGCGCACUGCUCUUGCGAAGACGUUUCAGGAUGAGCAACGGUUCCAGCUGGGCAUCAUGGAUGAUGCUGCUGAAUGUUUUGAAAACCUGCUAAUGCGAAUUCACUUCCACAUUGCGGAUGAGACAAAGGAAGAUAUUUGCACUGCACCACAUUGUGUUUCCCAUCAGAAGUUUGCAAUGACCUUGUUUGAACAGUGUGUUUGUACCAGCUGUGGUGCCACCUCCGACCCAUUACCUUUCAUCCAGAUGGUACAUUAUAUCUCCACAACCUCACUUUGCAAUCAAGCUAUUUGUAUGCUGGAGAGACGAGAGAAACCCACUCCAGAUAUGUUCGGAGAGCUUCUGCAGAAUGCCAGCACUAUGGGAGACCUGAGAAACUGUCCGAGUAAUUGUGGGGAAAAGAUACGUAUUCGUCGUGUGCUGAUGAACUCUCCACAGAUCAUCACCAUUGGCUUGGUUUGGGACUCGGACCACUCUGAUCUGGCUGAGGAUGUUAUACACAGCCUGGGCACUUGCCUUAAGUUGGGAGAUCUCUUCUUCAGAGUAACUGAUGACAGAGCAAAACACUCAGAGCUGUAUUUGGUGGGAAUGAUUUGUUACUAUGGAAAGCAUUAUUCUACCUUCUUCUUCCAAACAAAAAUCCGCAAAUGGAUGUACUUUGAUGAUGCUCAUGUCAAGGAGAUUGGUCCAAAAUGGAAAGAUGUUGUGACAAAAUGCAUUAAGGGUCAUUAUCAGCCUUUGCUGCUGCUGUAUGCAGAUCCAAGAGGAACUCCAGUGUCAACACAAGACUUGCCCCCCCAAGUGGAUUUACAGCAAUAUAGCAGGACUUGCUAUGAUAGUGAAGACUCAGGGAGAGAACCUUCCAUCUCAAGCGAUACCAGGACAGAUUCCUCUACCGACAGCUAUCCUUAUAAACAGGCACACCAUGAGUCUGUGGUCAGUCACUUCUCUUCCGACUCACAGGGGACGGUCAUCUACAAUGUGGAGAAUGAUGCAGAUUCACAAAGCAGCAGGGAUACAGGGCACCUGACUGACAGUGAGUGUAAUCAGAGGCAUAUUUCCAAAAAGGGCUCACUGGCAGACCGCAAAAGGAGUUCUAGCCGGUCUCGGCGAAAAGCAGAUGAGGCUCAGUCAUCAGGAUACCACAGUGAAGGAGAAACCUUGAAGGAGAAACAAGCUCCCAGAGCUGCCCCCAAACCAUCCAGCAGCACGAGCCGACUGAGGGAAUUUAAAGAAACAGUGAGCAAUAUGAUCCACAGCAGACCACAGCAAGUUUCUCAAAUCAACCAAAAUUCCUCUCAUGGAGGGAGUAAUACAGAUCAGACUGAAACACGGCCCUUAAAAAGCCUAUCAUCUGCACAUUCUCGAGACUGGGAAGUGGAGAGUACCAGUAGUGAGUCUAAAUCCAGUUCAUGUAGCAGGUACCGGCCAACCUGGAAACCCAAAAGAGAAUCUCUGAAUAUAGACAGCAUCUUCAGUAAAGACAAAAGGAAACAUUGUGGCUACACUCAGCUUAGUCCCUUCUCUGAAGAGGCAGGUAAAGAGCUUAUGGAGAAUGAGGUGAAGGAACGUGCUGUUCAAGAAACAAGAUCAAGCCAAUCAAACGUCAGAUACAAGCGUGGUGUACUAGGCCGUGGCACCCAGCAUAUGGUGGAUCAACAUCCUCAUCUAAUACAGAGAAUGGAGUCUGGGUAUGAAAGCAGUGAGCGCAACAGCAACAGUCCAGUUAGUCUGGACAUGCCCUUGUCUGAAAGCUCAAGCAACCACAGGGACAUUCAUAUGAAAUGGGCAGGUGGAUUGGUUCCUGCUUGGCGCAGUAUUCCCAAGUCUCACAGUAGCAGCAUCCUGGAAGUGGAGUCUAAUUCUUCAACUGGGAGCUGGACAAACAGCCCACGCACCAUUGGAAAUGGUGGGGAGAUCUUUGGCCCUUUAAAGAGUGAACUGGAUGAAUUGCAAGAGGAGGUGGCAAGGAGAGCACAUGAACAGGAACUACGCAGGAAAAGAGAAAAGGAAAUGGAGGCAGCAAUGGGCUUUAACCCCCGUCCCAGCAGGUUCAUGGAUCUAGAUGAACUGCAGAAUCAGGCUAAACUAAGACUUGCCAUGCAUGAUGCCAGCUCUAGCACUCACAGCAGAGCCCUAGUCGAUAAGAAGCUGCAAAUCAGUAUCCGAAAAGCCCGGAGCCUCCAGGAUCGCAUGCAGCACCAACAGCCAUCGCAGCCGCUGCCGUCGCCAACCUGCCACCCACCACAGGGCGGCACCAUGGCCCAGUCUACAAGUGAACAGACUGGCCCGCUCCAAGUACUGCUGAGCCAGGAGGUACCACUGGAACCCAACAAAGAAGUGGAAUUUGGGUCCAGUUCUUUUUUCCACCCACCUGCUUCCUGCCAUGAAUUGCACUCAUCAUUAUAUCCAGAGUCUUCCUCCCUGUCCCCUACUGAAAGCAGUCCAUCCAACAGGAUCUCUCCAAACUUCCAGUCUGCUUCUGCUGAUUUUCAUGACCAAGUUCCCUCUUUUCCCUAUAGGCAAGGGUUGGCAGAGAGCCCUGCAAGAACUGAGAAUGAUACCCACUAUAGCGUGGAACUUAUUGACGCUACAGCCGCAGGGCCAAAAGACUAUAGGGAAUGCUGCAGUAGCAGAAAGUUAGAAGAGGUUCAUAGCAUAACACCCAUUCUCACACCUCAGUACAAAUCCAAGGCUAACACAGUAAACUCUGGGUCUUUGCCUACACUGUUGCACUGUCCACAUCCACCACAAGCAGCAUCUCCUGAAAAGGACAACCAGCGCAGUCCUUGUUCCAAACUUGCAAGCUCUCCAGUGCGACCCAGAAUUGAUCAUUUAGGGGGCUAUCAUGCAAUGACCCCUGCAACUUCAUCCCCUUCACAGCAAUGCUCCCUGGAUCCUUUGCAGAAAACAAAUAAGUACUCCAGAGCAUACAGCCAUGAGAUUUUAUUACCCUCACAGGAUGAACAUGGCACAGCAGGAAGUUGCACAUCUGAGGGUUUUAGUACAAAGGGACAUGUUCGCUCCUUGGCAGAGCAGUUUCAGAGAAUGCAUGCAGUCUCCCAGAGAAAAGGUACUCAUGAAAAAGGCUGGAUUGCUGCAGUAUGUCAGGAUAAGAAGUCUCCAAAGUUAAUACAAAAAUCUUUCAUCAACCCUUCACCCUCUGGUUACAGACAGCUAAUCCAUCAAAACCAAGAGAACAAAAACCAGUCUUCUGAAAAAUUAUAUUCAACUGUGGAUAUUAGGGAUGGGGUAGUUUCUUUGGAGGGUUUUAGUGCCCAGCAUGUUGCUUCUAAGAGUGUUUGUGCUCACAGUGAAGAGCUGUGUAGAAGAGGUGGACAGAAUAUAGCAGACCCUGCAUCCUACCUGGAAAGGCACUGUCAUGAUGGAGGAAUGAAACAGGUGGAUGAUGGAGCUACUAGUAGCAUGGUUGCCUCUAUGCCUGUGGACCAUUGGGUGGAUAAUGUUACUAGGUAUUACAGUUCUCAGAAGGAUAAUAAGAACACUGAAUGGCUUCCUGUACCUGGGAGAAGUCCAUCCCUUUCUGAUCAGAGAGCAGUUGGAGAUGACUUGAGCAGGAUCCCAGUACAUCUGCAUCCACAGUGGAAUCAAGACACAGAACAGGAGCUCUCAGAACUGGAAUCCCUCUAUCAGACUAGUCUGCAGGCAUCUCAGGCCACUAGGCCUUUCUUGGGAAGACAGGACAGUGCUAGGUAUCCAUUUGACCAAUCAGUCUCUGCAAACCUGAAUGUGAGGAAGCUGCAUACUACAGCUGGCAUGGGUCUCUCGAAAACCCCAACAGCAGAGAUCGAGCGCAAUCUGUAUGGAUCCACUGUCUCUUCUGUCUCCAAGGUCACGUAUACCAGAGAACAUAGCAGGGAACCAGAAGAGGAGGAAAUGUACAGUGCAGAGAAUUUUCGUCGCAUUGCUCGCAGUCUCAGUGGGACAGUUGUCUCGAACAGAGAAGAGACCUUGGUCUCUUCUCACAGUCUUGAAGCACCAAAUAUGAGGAAAAUGCCAAUGGAAACCAGCCACCAUUCUUCCAGCUCCACUUCCCUUCCUUUCCCCCACGAUCCUCCUGUGUUUCCCUUUGAUCCCCAGCACACCCCAAACCAGGUGCAGCACCUACCCCAUGAUGUACUGAUGCCCAGCAUGGUGGGCAAGGCACGUAAACCGUCAGGAGAUCAGAAGAACAUCAUCCAGAAACUUUUGGUUGUGCCUGACAGGGGUGAAGCUUUCCAAGGUGAAAACUACCCAGGUGUGGCACUGAGCUAUGGGAGUCUCCCUUGUGCACCCAGAGGCAUCCUCUCCCAGGGGCAAAAGCCUCUUGUUAAUUUGCCUUUAGGAGGUGGAGCAUCAAAUGUCUCUGGCCGUUGGCUGAACAUGAGCUACCCCGCCAGACAAACAGGCACGUUACCAGAUAAACGAACGAUGCUCUGGGGGAAACAUGCUGGCCAGCCAGGCAAGAGUUUACAGGAAGGCUUCCUCCAGCAGCCUUCACAACAUCAAAUGCAUGAGUCUUAUGCCAUCGGUUGCAGGCUGCCAGCCAGCACAGACUACAGCACUUUAAGAAUGCCACAUGAGCCUUUAUGGGACCCCAGUGCCCCUCAAGGCUGUCCUGUGCCCCCUUCCUGUGUUAAGGCCCCAGGUCCGAGGAGAGUUGAUAUGCCCCCAGAUGAAGACUGGCGACAAAACAGCUACGUCCCUCAGCCGGGCAGAAGACAAAUGCUGCCAGUGCACGUGAAAGAUGGGACUUUUUCUUCUGCUUCGGAGACGCACAGAAAUAUGCUGGCUCGAGCAGCAACAGCUACUGGCACCAUGCACAAUAAUGGCUGGUGAGGUCCUAUCUACUCUGUGCACCCUGAUAAGUCACUCUGAACAGUCUAUAGCUGUUGCUAUAGUGUGGAUUAUGUGGAGACAGCAAACUCUUUCAAUCAGUAUCUGCCAGUUUUGUCUUAAAAUGUAGCUAUACAAUAUGUGGAAACUAAUUGCACUGUAUUUCUGUUCUGACACUACUGAACUGCUGUCUGGAUGGGGAAUCUUAGCUAUUAUAGUCCUGGCCUCUCCUAGCAAAAAGUGCUGUAGGAAUGGUAAAUGUCAGGGGCACUGGUUUACGGGUAAGUUCAGAAGUAUGUGCAUGUUUUGAAGGAAGAUGGCCAUUAAUGAGAAGACAUUUUUAAGGACUUCAUGAAAUGUAGCUUUGGUAAAUUCUUUGUGUACAAAGCUAAUCCUUUUGUUUUCCUCUCCUUCCUCACCUUGUUCCUUCAUAGUGGAAAAGAAACAAAAACUAACCAACCUUCCAGGUUCUAGUAAAUCUAUACUUCGUAGGCUGGCAGUUAGCAAACCAAACCCAAUUUUCAGUGUGCUGAGAUCUCAGGCAGAGAUCACAGCUAUAGUUGCUGCUGAGGGAGUGGUAGGGAAACAUUGUUCAUUGGUAUACCAGAAUUUUCCCCACUUCCUUAAGGCAAACUAACAAUGCUUCAAACAGAAAAGACUGUUAAUGCUGCAUGCUUAAUUACACCAUUGUAAACACAGAAUAAGUUUUAACUAUUUUAGUGUCAAACAUACUUGCUUUUGUAAGUAUUUUUCAAAUAAAUCUAUGAAAAUA